UCACUGAUGAGCUCCACCGCAUUGUCUGUAGCUGUGACCACCUCCAGGAAGGAGUCUCCUGGCAGGUGGAGCCUGGGGGAGGAUCCAACAGGCAUGGGCCCCUCACUCCAGUGCCGUGUGUGUGGGGACAGCAGCAGUGGGAAGCACUAUGGCGUCUAUGCCUGCAAUGGCUGCAGCGGUUUUUUCAAGAGGAGUGUGAGGCGGAGGCUCAUCUACAGGUGCCCGGUAGGGGCAGGGACGUGCCUAGUGGACAAAGCCCAUCGCAACCAGUGCCAGGCCUGUCGGCUGAAGAAGUGCUUACAAGCAGGCAUGAACCAAGAUGCUGUGCAGAAUGAGCGCCAACCCCGAAGCGCAGCCCAGGUCCGUCUGGACAGCAUGGAAUCAGGCAGUGAAACCCGACCUGAGCCCCUGGUGGCCUCCCCAGCCCUGGCAGGGCCCAGCCCCUGGGGCCCCACACCAGCAUCUACAGCCAGAGCCCUGGGCCACUACUUUAUGGCCAGCCUCAUCACAGCCGAAACCUUUGCUAAGCUGGAGCCAGAGGAUGCUGAAGAGAAUAUUGAUGUCACUGGCAAUGACUCCGAGUUCCCCAUGCCACCCUGCAGCCUGGACAGCAUCCAUGAGACAUCGACUCGGUUGCUCUUCAUGGCUGUCAAAUGGGCCAAAAACUUGCCCAUGUUCUCCAACCUGCCCUUCCGGGACCAGGUGAUCUUGCUGGAAGAGGCUUGGAGCGAGCUCUUCCUUCUGGGAGCCAUACAGUGGUCUCUACCUCUGGACAGUUGCCCUCUACUGGCCCCAACAGAGGCCUCUGGCAGCUCUCAGGGCCGACUCACCCUGGCCAGUGCAGAGAUGCGCUUCCUGCAGGAAACCAUCUCCCGUUUCCGAGCGCUGGCAGUGGACCCCACAGAGUUCGCCUGCAUGAAGGCCCUGGUCCUCUUCAAGCCAGAGACACGUGGCCUGAAGGAUCCUGAGCAUGUAGAGGCCUUGCAGGACCAGUCACAAGUGAUGCUCAGCCAGCACAGCAAGGCUCACCACCCCAGCCAGCCUGUGAGGUUUGGGAAAUUGCUCCUCUUGCUCCCAUCUUUGAGGUUUAUCACAUCUGAACGCAUCGAGCUCCUCUUCUUCCGCAAGACCAUAGGGAACACACCAGUGGAGAAGCUGCUUUGUGAUAUGUUCAAAAACUAG